CUUGUUCCAGCUAGGCCUCCGUAGAGCCUUUACGUGGCACUCGCUGCUCGUUCCGCGGCUGUCUAGAGCGGUGACGCCUCUUUCGGAGUGAGGCCCAGACUUUGUAGCUAGAUUCCCGGCUUCUGCUCACUUCUUACCGCCUCGCUAUGCUGACCCUCUCAGAACUGCUGGCCUUAGUCGCCUUCUUCUCCGCCACGGCCAAUGGAUACUUCGUAAGCAUUGACGCCCAUGCCGAAGAAUGCUUUUUCGAGCAGGUCACGUCCGGGACCAAGAUGGGCCUUAUCUUCGAGGUGGCGGAGGGAGGAUUUUUAGACAUUGACGUGGAGAUUACUGGGCCAGACAAUAAAGGCAUAUAUAAAGGCGAUAGAGAGUCGAGCGGAAAAUACACGUUUGCUGCCCACAUGGACGGAACCUACAAAUUCUGUUUUAGUAACAGAAUGUCGACGAUGACUCCCAAGAUAGUGAUGUUUACUAUUGACAUUGGAGAAGCACCAAAAGGCCAAGAUAUGGAAACAGAAGGUGGUCGUGAUACAUGGGAUGCACAUCAGAACAAGCUAGAAGAGAUGAUCAACGAGCUAGCGGUGGCGAUGACGGCUGUGAAGCAUGAACAGGAAUACAUGGAAGUACGAGAAAGGAUACAUAGAGCAAUUAACGACAACACGAACAGCAGAGUGGUGCUCUGGUCGUUUUUUGAAGCUCUUGUUCUUGUCGCUAUGACACUGGGACAGAUCUAUUACCUGAAGCGAUUCUUCGAAGUCCGACGAGUGGUCUAGAAAUGUCAGUUCUUGUGGGAAUUGUUUUUGUUUUGUCAUCCUAGCCGAUGACCCCAAAGUCAUAACUUAAUUUUUUUAAACAAUCGACUUGGUCGGAACAAGUUCAAGUUUAGAUAUGUUUCCUUUUAAACAAAAAACAACUUACUAUUGGCCAGAGAAUGUCUUGUUGCAUAUUUUGCUUCACAGCUGUUUCCCUCAGAAACUGGAAUGAAAUAUGUAACAAGACCCGAAAAAAUUGAAAACAUUGUACAUAUUGUGGUACCCGUCCGGAUGGGAAAUAUAAACGCAUUUGUAUCGCUUACUCCUUAUCCUUUGCAAUAAUGAUGUCACACGGAUGCUAAAACCCAGGUCAAAGGAGUGUUCGUAAACCCGAGUGCAGGAAAUAAACACAGGAAAAAUAACUUGCAAGAUCAAGAGAUGUAGUGAUCUGGAAAGUAAAAAAAAUCCCUUUAAUCUAUAGAAUGACUGAGAUACCUGCAUUUUCUAAGAUUUUAUAGUACUACAACUUGUAACAGCUUCUGUCAAAGGGUUUCAGUGGCGGAAAGAUGUGUAAAUAAAUGCAUCUGGUACAGGAAGCGGAAA